GCAGUUGAGUUGUACAUGAGUUGUACAUUUUAAAAUUGCCGUCACCAUGAGGGUGGAUUGUUGCGGGUAUCAAUUACGACACCAUGGGACCAGGUUAACUUGGCACUGUUUGUAUGCCAAACCGGUGGAGCGUUGAAAUAUUCUGGACAGUACUUUCAUAGCACUGUAAUUAAGGAGCACAGAUCUGACUGAUAAUGUUACCUGAUGCAUAUUGCGGCCCUAGAGCUCAUUUGUUUGGGACACAAAACUUCAGCAACAAUUGCAUUCCAUGCCGGUAAACCUUUGCCUUCUGUUUAGUAUGUACAUUAUGGAAGCACAAUAGCAUUGUACAUGACACACUCAUGUUCUAAGCUGUCAAAGGGAUAGCAUUAUUUUGCAUUUCUAGGAGUUGAUUACAGUGCAACAUCUUUGGAGUUGGUAUGUGUGUUUUGACCCUGCUGUUGGGGUAAAUUACAGGGCGGAGUCUGCCCUAUAGUUGUGUGGAGAGGGGGACGUGUGUAUCCUCUUAAACAGUAACAAGAGACUGAUUGCUCCUUGAGGAACAUGGAAGUAGAUUAGAUAGGGAUCCCUAAACUGACCUGCUAUCUGUGCUGAGAGGAUGUGGUCAAGGCCACCACACACUGAGUGGAAGUGGAUGGAGGGCCAGAGAUGAGGACAGAUUGACAGUAAAAUAACUGGUGUAGGGCGAGAUUGUCUGUGUGUGACAGUGAGCACCGCAUGGCACGGCGUCAUACCUGACGGAUGCAGAUAACUACAAGGAAAACAGGACACAGUGGAACAGGACGCAUGAAAACCCUUAAACAUGUGAGCCUGGAGGAGCGCUGUAACCGGAUCCUCCGGGACAUGGAGGGCUCCCUUACGGCCCGGGAUCGGGUGGGCAUCCAGGAUUUCGUUUUGCUGGACGCCUACACAAGUGAGAGUGCCGUCCUGGACAACUUGAGGAAACGCUUCAACGAGAACCUCAUUUACACCUACAUUGGUACGCUCUUAGUGUCAGUGAACCCCUACAAAGAGCUGGGAAUCUACACCAAGAAGCAGAUGGAUAUUUACAUGGGCGUCAACUUCUUUGAGCUUCCACCCCACAUCUACGCCCUGGCAGACAAUGUCUACCGCACCAUGUUAACAGAGACCAACAACCACUUCAUCUUGAUCUCAGGGGAGAGUGGAGCAGGAAAGACGGAGGCCUCCAAGAAGAUCCUGCAGUUCUACGCUGUGAGCUGCCCCAGUACCAAACUGCUGGACAACGUCCGAGACCGACUGCUGCUGUCCAACCCUGUGCUCGAGGCUUUCGGAAAUGCCAAAACCCUGAAGAAUGACAACUCAAGCCGCUUUGGGAAGUACAUGGAUAUUCAGUUUGAUCACAUGGGGGGAGCUGUUGGUGGCCACAUCCUCAGUUAUCUACUGGAGAAGUCCCGGGUGGUGCAUCAGAACCAUGGAGAGAGAAGCUUCCACAUCUUCUACCAGCUAGUGGAGGGAGGAGAGGAGGACCUGCUACGCUGGCUGGGUCUGGAGAGGAACUGUCAGCGCUACAGUUACCUGGUACAGGUGGGAGAGGGGGAAUGUGCCAAAGUCAGCUCAGUCAACGACAAGAGUGACUGGAAAACGGUACGGAAAGCCCUCAGUGUCAUAGAGUUCAGUGAGAGCAAUAUAGAGAGCCUGUUUGCAAUCAUUGCUAGCGUACUUCACCUGGGAAAUGUUACGUUUGUGGCUGACUCACAGGGAUACGCAACUCUCAACAACAGUCCGGAGAUACAUUGGCUGUCCAAGUUGCUGGGCAUUCCUGCACAGGUGAUACAGGUGGGUUUGACACACAGGAAGAUUGAGGCCCGAUCAGAAGAGGUGCUCAGUCCCUUCACCGUUGACCAGGCAGUAUAUGCCAAGGACGCUCUAGCCAAAGCCAUCUAUGGCCGAACCUUCACCUGGCUGGUCAACGAGCUCAAUGAGUCUUUAGCAAACAAGGAUUCCUCCAGGAAGACCGUAAUUGGUCUGCUUGACAUCUAUGGGUUUGAGGUCUUCAGUGUGAACAGCUUUGAGCAGUUCUGCAUCAACUACUGUAAUGAGAAACUGCAGCAGCUCUUUAUCCAGCUGACCCUGAAGUCAGAGCAGGAGGAGUACGAGAUGGAGGGGAUUGAAUGGGAGUCAGUGCCAUACUUCAACAACAAGAUCAUCUGUGACCUGGUGGAGGAGAAAUUCAAAGGCAUCAUUUCAGUGCUAGACGAGGAGUGUCUACGUCCGGGAGAGGCCACAGACAUGACCUUCCUGGAGAAGCUGGAGGAGAAGAUGGGAGGUCACGCCCAUUUCAUCACACACAAGCUGGCUGACCAGAAGACCCGGAAGACUCUGGAACGAGGAGACUUCCGCCUCUUACACUACGCAGGGGAAGUCACAUACAGUGUGGUCGGAUUCCUGGACAAAAAUAAUGAUCUCCUGUACAGGAACAUUAAAGAGGUUAUGCGCCAGUCUAAGAAUGCCAUUGUUAAACACUGCUUUCCCAGCACUGAGCCGGACAGCAAGAAGAGACCUGAAACAGUGGCCACUCAGUUUAAGAGCAGUCUGGUAGGCCUGACUGAGGUCCUCAUGUCUAAAGAGCCCUGGUACGUCCGCUGUAUGAAGCCUAAUGAAGGCAAGCAGCCAGGGCUCUUUGACGAUGUGUUGGUGAGACACCAGGUGAAGUACCUGGGGCUGAUGGAGCACCUGAGGGUCAGACGGGCCGGCUUCGCUUACCGCCGGAGAUAUGAGAUCUUCCUGCAGAGGUACAAGCCCCUGUGUCCAGACACCUGGCCUAACUGGAAAGGUACAGCCGCAGAGGGGGUGGAGUGCCUGGUCAAGCACCUGGGCUACAAGCCUGAUGAGUACAAGAUGGGAAGGACCAAGAUCUUCAUCCGCCAUCCCAGGACUCUGUUUGCCACCGAAGACGCCUUUGAGGUCUGCAAGCAUGAGCUGGCUACAAGGAUCCAAGCAAAGUACAAAGGCUACAGAGUGAAGGGAGACUACAUGAGACAGAGACAAGCAGCUACAAAGAUCGAGACAUGCUGGAGAGGCAUGAAGGCCAGGAGAGAGAGGGAAAAGAGAGCCUGGGCUGUUAAGGUCAUUAAGAGGUUCAUCAAGGGCUUCAUGACUAGAAAUCAGCCAGCCUGUGUUGACAACACAGAGUACCUGGCAUUUGUCAGGCAAAACUACCUCACACGGCUCAAGGAGAAUCUACCCAAAACAGUUGUGGACAAGAACACCUGGCUAACCCCACCUCCCAUUAUGCAGGAGGCCUCACAGAUGUUGAGGAAACUUUACACCCGGCACAUGGUACGGAGGUAUGUACAAGGAAUCAUGACAGAGCGGAAAGCACAGUUGCAACUCAAAGGAUUGACCAGUUCCAUAUUCAAAGGAACAAAAGAGAACUACCCUCACAGUGUGGGAAUACCAUUCGUGGACACCAGGAUAAGUGAGGAAGACAUCCACAUUAAAGUCUACCAGAUGAUUAGGCAAGAACGCAUCAAGUACAGUGUUCCUGUGGUGAAGUACGACAGGAAUGGCUUCAGGCCACGUUUCAGACAGCUGAUCUACACUGGAAGUGCAGCCUACCUGGUGGAGGAGGCCAAGAUCAAACAGCGGGUGGAGUUCAACAACCUCAAAGGUGUGUCAGUCAGCACCCUGAGUGACAACUUCCUGAUCCUCCAUGUCCAAUGUGAGGAUAUCAAGCAAAAGGGGGACCUGGUGCUGCAGUGUGACUACCUGUUUGAGGCCUUGACUAAGUUGUGUCUGGUGGCCAACAAGCACAAUUUUAUCAAAGUAGUCCAGGGCAGUGUAAAGUUUGACAUCCAGCCUGGCAGAGAGGGGUUUGUUGACUUCAAGAGUGGCCAGGAGACCAUGAUUUACAGAGCAAAGAAUGGCCAUCUGAUGGUGGAAUCAACUCGAACAAAGUCCCGGGCAAUGAUACAAAAUUGAACUGGAUCCAAUAAUCAGAUUCUACAAGGUUUUAGGCAUCUUGGAACUUAAAUCAUGAAUGAGAACCUGCAUCCUGUCAAUAAGGGUUGGACAUAAUGAAAUGAAUCGAAAUCUCAACAAACGGUUCGUACUGUGGAGGAAACUCCAAAGGAAUGACUACUGAUGCUCUACUCUGAUGAAAACUUCACCGGUUAUUAAGCUAUACAUCACAUGCAUGGGCUCAGUUGUGACUUAUCAAGCAAAGCGGUCAUUAUAAUAGGGCUCAUUUGUAAAAUAUGGUUUUGCUUUAGGUAUAUUUUCCCUAGAUGUCCCAUUUUAUAGCGAUAUAAGCAACAUGGUUAAAUCAUUCAAACAUUGUGAUUUUGAAGCCAUACUUUUUAUACUUUCUCACAAAGAUGCUGUACCAUAUUUACAUUAAAACCAACUAAGUAUUCAUAAACA